AUGGUCAACAUGAAGCAGAGUUUGGUAUCAUGGAUACGUCGCAAAGACCUGCACGUGCUGACGACAGACACGAUGACGUACACAAGUGACGGCCGCUUCAGGGCCGUACACGCGGCAGGCUCGCCGUUCUGGAUGCUGGAGAUCGACAGCCCGCAGGCUCGGGAUGAGGGGGUCUACGAGUGCCAGGUGUCAUCCCAGCCUAAGAUAUACCGACGCUUCCAGCUCCAGGUCACAGAACCCAAAGCGAGCAUCGUGGGCAGCUCUGAGGUCUUCAUGAAGCUCGGCAGCGACAUCAACAUAACCUGCGUCGUUACGGGCCACACGCCCCCUCUCAACGUCGUGUGGUACCACACCACCACCAAUGCUCAGGGUGAAGUGGUAAGGACGGAGAUCACGACAGGAGACAGGGGCGGAGUGCAGCUCGUGACUGACAGGAAGCAAGGCACCAGUUGGCUGCUGGUGGACCGAGCCAGCAAACCUGACGCUGGUAACUACACCUGCGCCCCUCCUCAUACUGUGCCUGCUCAUGUCACCGUGCACGUCAUACAAGCCGAAGAAGCGCCGGCGGCCAUGACACCCGAGCUUGCCAAUGGCGGGUCUUCGCUAUGGCGGCGCGGGAGCUUCUAUGUGAAACUCUACCCUGCAGGCGCCCGUCUUUUAUAUACCAGCACAAAAUGCGUGGUUUUCAAGACCGACAGACCAGAAUUCCGUGCUCCCUUCAAUUAUAACAAUUUCAAGUCGAAAUCUUGCUCCUGUUCAGCUUCUGAGCUAUUCUGUUCCCUAGACGAUGUCUUGGGUAGAACACGAAACUUGAUAUUUCACAUACUCGAAGUUCUUAUUCAUUCUUCAGUUGUUAUUUUGUCGUCUCAGUUGUGGCUUGUGGUGGCGGUAGGGGGCGCUGUUAACGCGAUGCUCACGCGUGUACAGUUUCAACAACAUCCUGCUCCUCAUGUCACGGAAUUUAAAAUAUUCCUGCAGACGAAUUCCAACAAACAAAAGCAGAUCAAAGUAAAUCAUCACAGUUUGCAGCAGGAUAAUAAUUCAAGAUGUUAUUCUAAAUUCGUGAAUAAGUUUAUCGAAAAUUUCAACGAAAUAUCGAAUAAGUUCAAAUUUCAAUUUAGCUGCAACAAUGUACAUGGUGUGAUGUCAUUGUUGGAAAUUGUACAUUUUUCAAAAUUGCCAAGAAAAAAACAUGACUUUUGCAGCUUUUCGAAAGCUUGAAUGCUGUUUUUUCAACUGCAGUCAAUUAUAAAACUUUCAUUCGCGCGUGAAGAAUAGCUUAUUCGCGCUGCUUUGAAUCAAUCAAUUCGCGCUGGUUUGAAUCAAUCAAAUAUUUACUUCUGUAUUUUCUCCAGUUACGUUUUAUCCAUAUGUACCACAUUCAACAUAGGUUUCGAACCAGAAAAUGCAUCUCGUCAGGCCUCUGCAUCAUUUAGUUUCACGUCCGCUUUCCGGUGACUGCUCGAGGGUGCAGGAAUGAUUGGGACGUCGAUUCGGUGAUACCAUUGCAGGGAGCACCCAGCAAAAUACAUGGGUCAUAUUGUCCAAAUAGUGACCUUCUUACUCCAUGAUAAGCAGAGAACAGAUAUGUCUUUUUUCGGGCAAAACAACGUCAGUAUGACCAACACUGGGGGCUGAAAAGCGCGUUGCUAUUUGAACAAAAAUUACUUAUUUUUCUGAGCGAGCUCUUGUAUUUUCUUCAUUGAAUUAUAUGUGUCAUUAGAGUAUAUUUACAGUGAUCAAGAAAUAUUUAACCAUCAUUGAGUUCGUGAUUAUCGUGUGAGCUGAUAAAUUUGAACCUGAAAAUGUAUUAUGUUUGUAAAGAUCUCGAAAUUUAGUUCAUUCUAAAUUUCAAAUUUUGCGUAAUACGUUUCCUAAUGAUAUCAAGUAAUAUCAUUUCUUUUGCUUUGCUUAUUGCGGCUCUGAAAUUCCGUUAAUUAAAUCAUGCACAAGACAGUGAGAUUAAAUUAUUCGUAACUUUCUUUUAGAGACCAAUUUUAUUUAAGGCACAAUACAUUUUUAUGGUAAUCAUUGCUUUAAAAAGUUUCACUUUUACCCUUUGAAAAGAUUGGCCGUGAUUUUUUGAUAUAGACAUGUGAUGUUUCUCUAUAUUUGUACAUAGGUACUAAGUAGUUGAAAUGAAAGGUAAUUAAAAUAUCUCAACGUAAUUG